CUGCAUCGCUUCCUCUCACAGCCAAAGAAAAUAACACACACACCCAUCUCAUUGCUUGCUAUAGUAAUCUCUCUUUCUCUCUUGAUUUUGAUCUUGUUCUUCAUCUUGAUCAUGGCCGUUGAUUCAGGUCUAUCGUCCCCACUAGAUCCCUCUACAUGUGAGAAAAACGCAAAGGCUCUUCAGUUCAUUGAAGAGAUGACAAGCAAUGUUGACCUAGUGCAGGAAAGGGUUCUUGCAGAGAUACUCUGUAGGAACUGUGAGACUGAAUAUAUUAAAAAAUUUCAACUCCAAGGGGCAACUGAUCGAGUCAACUUCAAGGCCAAAAUCCCUGUGGUUACUUACGAGGAUAUACAGCCUCAGAUUCAGCGUAUAGCUUGCGGUGACCGCUCUGCAAUCUUUUCUGCUCACCCUGUCUCUGAGUUUCUCACUAGUUCUGGUACUUCUGCUGGUAAGGAAAAACUGAUGCCAACAAUUCAUGAAGAGUUGGACCGUCGCCGGUUAUUAUACAGUCUUCUCAUGCCUGUCAUGAAUCUCUAUGUGCCGGGAUUGGACAAAGGAAAGGCUCUGAAUUUCUUGUUUGUGAAGGCUGAGACAAAAACCCCAAGUGGGAUCUUGGCACGUCCGGUCCUCACAAGCUACUACAAGAGUGAGCACUUCAAGAACAGGCCAUAUGAUCCCUACAAUGUUUACACUAGCCCAGACGAGACCAUUCUCUGCGCGGACUCCAUCCAGAGCAUGUACGCUCAAAUGCUCUGUGGCCUCAUUAUGCGUGAAGAAGUUCUCCGAGUCGGCGCAGUUUUCGCCUCUGGCCUUCUCAGAGCCGUUCGGUUUCUUCAGACCAACUGGAAGCAACUCGUUGAGGAUAUCUCCUCUGGCACCUUAAAUCCUAAAGUAACUGACCCAUCAAUAAAGGAAUGCAUGAGCAAAAUCUUGAAGCCUAACUCGGAGCUUGCUGAGUUCAUUACAAAACAAUGCUCAGAAGAGAACUGGGAAGGUAUCAUCACAAGAAUAUGGCCCAAUACAAAAUAUCUAGAGGUCAUUAUCACAGGAGCCAUGGCCCAGUAUAUUCCCACGCUGGAAUAUUACAGUGCUGGGUUGCCCAUGGCUUCCACCAUGUAUGCUUCCUCUGAGUGCUACUUUGGGCUUAACCUAAAGCCAAUUUGCAAGCCAUCUGAGGUUUGUUACACAAUCAUGCCAAACAUGGCUUACUUCGAGUUCUUGCCUCGUGAACCCUCCGCACCUUCCCGUGACUGUCCUUCUCGUCUUUUGGACCUUGCUGACGUUGAAGUUGGCAAAGAAUAUGAACUGGUUAUCACUACCUAUUCCGGUCUGUACAGGUACCGCGUUGGUGAUAUCCUCCUGGUCACUGGGUUCUACAACAACGCUCCACAAUUUCGCUUCUUAAGGAGAAAGAAUGUCUUAUUGAGUAUUGACGUGGACAAAACCGAUGAGGCUGAAUUGCAGAAGGGCAUUGAAAAUGCUUCCUUACUGUUACGUGAGUUCAACACCAGUGUUGUUGAGUACACUAGCUAUGCAGAAACCAAAACAAUCCCAGGUCACUACGUGAUAUACUGGGAGUUGCUUAUUAAAGAUCCAUCCAGUUCACCAACUGUGGAGGUCUUGAACCAGUGUUGCCUUGCCAUUGAAGAGUCACUGAACAUGGUGUAUAGACGAGGGCGGGUAGCUGAUAACUCAAUUGGGCCACUGGAGAUAAGGGUAGUGAAAAAUGGCACCUUUGAGGAGCUCAUGGAUUAUGCAAUUUCAAGAGGUGCAUCUAUUAACCAGUACAAGGUGCCAAGGUGCGUCAGCUUCACACCCAUCAUGGAACUGCUGGACUCUAGGGUGGUGUCAAAUCAUUUUAGCCCAUCUCUGCCACAUUGUACCCCAGAACGACGCCGUUAAGUGCAUGGAGAAAGGAUAAAAAGGCCAUCCUUUGGAAGAUAGCUCAGUGAAAGCAACUACUCUCUAGAUAUGUCUGUCUCUUUUUUCAUGAAAUUAGCUUUUAAAAGUGUCUUUUGCAAUUGCACAAUGUCUGUGUUUGUGUAAUAAGUUCACAUAAUCUGUACUACGCAUGAUGUAAUUUUCCAUUUCAUGUUUGUUUGUCCAUUGGAAUCCUUUGCUCUC